CUGACGGGGACUGAAUGCAAGAUGGCGCCCAGGGAGCUGUGAGGCGAAAAUAAUCCAUCGGAGAGAGCAGAAUAAGCGGAGCCUGUGUGACCGCGGAGGGAGGCCGGACUGAGAGCGCGCUGCCACGGGGAGCACCCAGCGAGCCGGCGGACCCCGGACACACACAGCGGCAGGAGCGGCGGCAGCAGCCGGAGGGUGAGCGAUGCGGGCGGGCGGGCUAGCUAGCGGGCGGUGCGGCCUCCUCACACGGAGCGGGCAGUCUCCAUUAUACCACCGUGCGCGCUCCCGGCACUCGCCGUGAACGCGCACUCUCCCAGGGACUGUCUGUCACUGGCUCCGCCGCCCGCUCCUGCCUGUGGGGAGCCCGGCCCGGGAUGGGAUGGGAGGAUGGGCUGGGCUGGGUGCCUUUUUAUUUAUUACAUUAUUAUAAAAGAAGCGGGAAAAGCGCGGGACCGGCCGGCUCGCGACACGUCAAAGUGGGGAGCGCGCGCACCCUGCUCCUCGCGCCCGCGUUCUAGGAUGGAGGGGUGCGCGCUCCCCACUCCGCGUGCCCGCGGAUCGUGGCCUCGAGGGGUGUUUUCUUUAAUUUAUUUUAUCUCCUCCCACUGACAGAUUCUCCGCCGGGCGCGUCACCGUCACGGGCACGCGCCUGUUUAUGAUACAAAGCACAAAAUUAGAUCAUAGUAUGUAAUAGGGUCUCCUCUGACACCGGGGGGAUGGAUUAACGUCACGGGGGCACUGCGCGUCCCCGUGCGAGAGGCGGGGUUUACUAAUGAAGAGAGAAAGGAGUAUGGGAGACACGGGAGCGCGCACACAGACACACACUGCACAUUGUAAUAACAUGGGAACCAACACGCACACUGCACAUUGUAAUAACAUGGGAACCAACACACACACUGCACAUUGUAAUAACAUGGGAACCAACACACACUGCACAUUGUAAUAACAUGGGAACCAACACACACUGCACAUUGUAAUAACAUGGGAACCGACACACACACUGCACAUUGUAAUAACAUGGGAACCGACACACACACUGCACAUUGUAAUAACAUGGGAACCGACACACACACUGCACAUUGUAAUAACAUGGGAACCAACACACACUGCACAUUGUAAUAACAUGGGAACCAACACACACUGCACAUUGUAAUAACAUGGGAACCAACACACACUGCACAUUGUAAUAACAUGGGAACCGACGCACACGCUGCACAUUGUAAUAACAUGGGAACCGACGCACACGCUGCACAUUGUAAUAACAUGGGAACCGACGCACACGCUGCACAUUGUAAUAACAUGGGAACCGACGCACACGCUGCACAUUGUAAUAACAUGGGAACCGACGCACACGCUGCACAUUGUAAUAACAUGGGAACCGACGCACACGCUGCACAUUGUAAUAACAUGGGAACCGACGCACACGCUGCACAUUGUAAUAACAUGGGAACCGACGCACACGCUGCACAUUGUAAUAACAUGGGAACCGACGCACACGCUGCACAUUGUAAUAACAUGGGAACCGACGCACACGCUGCACAUUGUAAUAACAUGGGAACUAUCGCUGCACUAACACACUGCACAUAAUAACAUUUAACAAACCUAAUUCUGCUGCCUUUGGAGUUAGCGCUAUCUAUAUUUAUAUAUUUUUUUUAUAUAUAUAUAUCUAUCUCUCUAUCCUUUUGAUGUACUUGUAUUUCCUCCACCUUUUGAGGUAGUAUUAGUUUUUCUGAUGUCUAUUGUUAUGUAUAAAAUGUGAGCAGGGAUGUUCUCUCCUUUCUAACAGGCUAACUAUACAUUCUCACAGACUGUCAUAGUGUAAUGCAUAUGCCUUAUGAGGUCUGUUAUGGUAAGGUGCAUAGAAUUUGAAGUCAGGAACCACCCAGAUAGUGCAUUCAAUAUUAAAAAGGAAGGCUAAGCACCAUAACAUUACAGCUCCUUUUUUUUUUUUUUUUUUAAACAGUGGUUACAAUAAUCCAUGCAGUAAAUUUAUUAGAGCAUGGACAAGCUCCUUGGUAGUAUCUUGCCUAAGAAAGGGGCGGAUGCGGACUAUGUUUUUAAGAUGGAAUAUACAAGAUUUGGCAACAUACUGGAUGUGAUGCUCAAAGGUGAGGCCAGAAUAGAGUAUGACGCAAAGACAGCGUGCUUGCAAGGACGGACUUAUGUGGAAACCACUAAUUUUAAGGGAGAGAGAAAGAGGAGGGUCAGUAUUAGGAGGAGGAAAGACAAGGAGCUCAGUUUUAGAGAGAUUUAGUUUCAGAAAGCGGGAGGACAUCCAGCCAGCGAUGGAAGAAAGGCAAGCAGUGACACGUUGCAGAACAGCAGGCGAGAGGUCCGGGGUGGAGUGAUAUAUCUGGGUGUCAUUAACGUAAAAGUGAUAGUGGAAUCCAAAAGCGGUAAUAAGUUUGCCAAGAGAGGCAGUAUAAAGAGAAAAUAGAAGGGGACCAAGGACAGAGCCUUGGGGGACUCCAACCGAGACAGGACGAGGGGAGGAGGUAGCAUUAGAAAAGGAGAUGCUGAAUGAGUGUUCGGAGAGAUAAGAGGAAAACCACGAGACAACAGAGACCGAGUGAUUGAAGAAGGAGAGCAUGAUCAACGGUGUCAAAGGCAGCAGAGAGGUCAGGAAGAAUUAGUAUGGUGUAGUGGCUUUUGGAUUUAGCUACAAUUUAGGUCGUUAGUAACUUUGAUAAGGGCAGUCUCAGUAGAGUGGAGAGGGCAGAAGCCAGAUUGAAGAGGGUCAAGGAGAGAGUUGGAAUUGAGGCAGUGAGGCAUAUGGGUAAAGACAAGUCUUUAAGCCGUAUUGCCCAGCUACAAUCUUUAAUGAAUGCUGCCGCCAGACUGAUUUUUUUUUUUUUUCUCUCUAGUCGGUCCUCUCACACCUCACCCCUCUGUCAGUCCUUACAUUGGCUUCCUGUAUCAUAUAGGAGUCAAUUCAAAGUGCUAACCCAUACCUAUAAAGCACUGAACAAUUCUAGCACCUCUUAUAUUUCUUAACAGAUCCAUAGGUAUGCCCCUACUCUUUCUCCACUAUGCCCAUGACCUUCUCCUGUCCGCUACUAGCACCCGUAUGGCCAACUCAUGCUUGCAGGACUUCUCACGGGCGGCUCACUUCCUAUGGAAUAGCCCAGGCAUAGGCAACCUUCGGCACUCCCAGAUGUUUUGGACUACACCUCCCAUGAUGCUUUUCUCUCUCCUUCUUCUCUCCUUCUUCUCUCCUUCUUCUCUCCUUCUUCUCUCCUUCUUCUCUCCUUCUUCUCUCCUUCUUCUCUCCUUCUUCUCUCCUUCUUCUCUCCUUCUUCUCUCCUUCUUCUCUCCUUCUUCUCUCCUUCUUCUCUCCUUCUUCUCUCCUUCUUCUCUCCUUCUUCUCUCCUUCUUCUCUCCUUCUUCUCUCUUCUCUCCCCCCCCGUUGGUAUCUUUGCUGCGCAUUCAGAGGAGGAGAGUCCCCCGCCCGGUGCUGGAGAAAGAGGUAAGUUUAACCCCUUCCACCCCCUAGAGCCCGGCGGGAGGGGGACCCUGAGGGUGGGGGCAUCCUCAGGGCACUAUACUGCCAGGAAAACGAGUGUUUUCCUGGCACUAUAGUGGCCCUUUAAUAUACUUAAUAUAUUUAUGGAAGAGUACGGUAAGAGUAUACUUAAUGCAUCAUAUAGUUUAGGUUUGUCUUGGUCAAACCAAGGUGUUUUUAUUUUUUUUUCAUUUCAUUGCAAGAAUAAUACAUUUUUAUAUAUAUAUAUAUAUACUCUAUCAAAUUUUUAUUUUAUUUUUUUAUGAUUUGUGUGUGAGUGUACACACACAGGCAACAAAAACAUGAUGGGCGUAUUCAUUUCAGUAUAUCUAAACCAUGUGCUUGUUUCUGUGGGAUAAUGGUUACAUUUUAUAUUGCUUGUUUUAGUUAGGGCCUAUUAUGGUUUGAUUAAAGAAAUUGUCUAGAUCCUAGUCAAUAACCAUUACACUUUAAAAAAAAAAUUUAUUUAAAUUUUUUAUAUUUGACCAGGAUUUGCACUAUGAAUAACUCAAUAGAGAACACCAUUUCAUUUGAAGAAUAUGUCCGAAUGAAGGCCCGGACUGUUCCGCAGCAUAGGAUGAAGGAAUUCUUGGACUCUUUAGCUGCAAAGGGUCCGGAUGCUUUGCAGGAAUUUCAUCAGCCGCCGACCACAACCAUGGUUUAUCAGCAAGGGGGUAACUGCAUCUACACAGACAGCACAGAAGUUGCAGGGUCUUUGCUGGAACUGGCAUGUCCAGUUACCACAAGUGUACAGCAACAGGACCAGCAGAUUCAAGUUCAACAACAGGUAAGUGACUGUUCUUUUCUAAAUUGCUAUCUGAAUAGGAUUGCAUUAUUUUUCUAUCUUAAUUGUCUUGUUCAUUAGGGUCUGUUUUGUUUUUAAUCACCAGGAUCAGAGCUUGAGAAACACCAGUAUUCAGGGAGUUAUGACUCCUAACAUAUGAGCAAUGAAUGCAGAAACCCUGAGUGUUUGUUUUUCCAUGUCCCAAACACAUCAGAUUGACUCUUUGAUAUGUCUGCUUCUCUUCUUAAUUCCACAAGUAUUUAUAACUUGCACACUAUCAAAGCUUUUUCACCUUUUUCUUAAAAUGUACUUUUUUUUCCAGAAAAAAAGAUAGGCCUUAUGGAUUUCUGUAGUAUUAUGCAGGCUAGCAAAAAAUAAAUAAAUCCGUGAAGCACCAGUAUGAUGUAGUAAUGCAGUGUAAUUUAUACAAUCAGUUCUUCUAUCUUGUGGGCAAAUUCUGAUUCACUUGGAAGGUACAGUGUGGUUAAUAUCCUAUAGUAUCCUUUCUCUUUUUGGCUUAGUAGUGCUUUUUCCUCUUGCCCUGUGUAUAAGUGCCAAAAUAAAUUUUUGGUAGGUUAAUUUCCUAGAUUUCCCCUUCCUUUUUAAUUGUUUAUCAUAAAAACAAAACAAAACAAAAUCACAUCAAUGACUGAUACUUUAUUCUGGGGAGCACUAUAGAGAAGGCAGACCUAUAUAAUCUUACUGCAUAUGACAUUUUAAUAUGCCCAAAGACUGUCCAUUUUGAAUAUUAAGUUCACUAUAGAGAGAUGUUAGUGGCUGAGUUUCCGUUGUCAAUUUCAGAUUCUUGAAGCACUCACAAGGCCUUGGAAUCUUCACCACACUGCCCCUCAGCCGAACCGAAUCAGCCACUCCCCAGAGGGGUCCCAGGACUCUGGUAUUUCAGAAGAUAUGUUGGUUAGUUUCCCAUGACCAGACUAGUGACAUUCAUGCUUACCCAGAGAAAUUUGUACACUAAAUCCCAUGCUCCCAAAAUAGAUGUUUUGCUGUGUGAGUUAUGCUUUGUAUUUUCCAGAAAGAAAGGAAGUGCGUCGUCUGUAUCAAACAUGAAAUUUGUACGUUUGCUAGAUGACCUAAUCGAAGAAAUCGUAUAUUGCUUUGUGUGUGGUUUAUUUAUUUAUUUUCCCCAUUCAGUAUUUUCAGACCAUCCUCCCAGUCAGGGCUGUGGGCAAUCCAUUCUUCCUUGUUAACAAGGUAUAUUAUUCCUGCCUGGAAGAGUACAGUAAGAGUAUACUUAAUGCAUCACAUAGUACAGGAUUGUCUUAGGCAAACCAUGUUUUUUUAAUUUUUUUUUCACUGCAAUAUUUCUCAACAAUCCCAGGGAAGGACUAGAUCUGAAGGUGCUGUAUUAAAGCAUAUGUGUUUGUUAGGCUUAUACUGUAUAUGAAUAGUGCGGCACGUGUUUUUAAUAACCUUUUCUUUAGAUUCUGUAAUUCUCUGAUGUAUACCAUAGAGUAGCAGCCUGUUAUUGACUUUUAUAUUGCUUGUUGACGGUGCCUAGAGGGAUAUUGGCUAUACCUCACUGAUGAUGCCUAACAAGGAUGAAACGAUCGUCUAGGGUUGCUGUAUCUCUCGUGCAGCGAGAGCUGGCCUGUAUUUUGGAUCUGUUCUGCCCAAGAUCUGGUGGAUCAGUCUGAGAUGCAUGGCUUGGUUCUCUCUGUAAUGGCACUAAAACCAGCUUGAGAACUGAGCAGGGACCACUGAAGGGCAGGCUAAUUGAGCUGUUGUCUAUUUUUAUAUUGCACCAAUAUAUUCCACAGUGCUUUACAAAUUUUAUGUGAAAGUAAAAAUAAGACAACCAGGAAUGUUAAAGGAACACUCCACUGCCCCAAUGGGCAAAAAUAAAAUAAAACACAGUUUAAUAGAUAUGCCCACAAUGAAUACAUGCAUGCAUUCAGUGGGGGUAUAUCUUAAAAUAGUUUCCUGACGCUGCAGAUCUUAUGAACCGAAGCCUUUGCAAGCCUUUUUCCCCAGAAGAGACUUUAAGUCCCUUCACAGGGAAAUAACCAAUCAGAUGCUUUUCUUUGAGAAGCCUCUUAAUUGAUGAGCAUGUGCUCGUUGGCGCACGUCUGGUCUGAGAUCUGCGUGGGAGUAGUAGAGUAUGCCUGUCAAUUCUGUUAGCUCAAUGGAGCUGAUUGAAGGAGGCAAUAAACCUCCCUGGCUGUUCCCUAGUUUAUUUAUAAAUGUGCCGAUUUUCUCAUAGAAAGCGUCACUUUUGUAAAAUCGUGUUAAACUAUGAUACUCCUCACUUAUAAUGCACUUCAGCAAGUUGAAGUGCUUUUGGGGUGUGGAGUGGUCCUUUAACAGGAAACAAGAUUGUUUAGGCUCCUCCUGACUUUAGUGUAAAAUCUAGAGGGCAAAUAACCCCUUUCACAGAGAGGAGCCAAGCAAUGGUGUGUUAUGCACUCUUAAAAGGAAACUAUAGUUCCUUAUUGUGACCUCCACCCGCAAUGCAGAGGUGUUAAAAACCCAUUCUGACAAUUGCCUGAGUCUAGCACUGAUGUAUCUCUGUGCUGGCUUGAGCUCUGCCUUUGCUUCUCCCCCACCAUCAGCCGGCGGGGGAGAACUAAUGCGCACAUGCGACAAUCGCUGCACUUUACUUAGAGAUUCUCCCAUUGGGAAGUAUGUAUAACGCUUUCCUAUGGGGUUUUUGGUGAGGCUGGGCGUACCAUGCAUAGCGACCAAAAGUUAUCAAACCACCCUGAAGUCCCUCUAGUGGCUGUCUGGUAGACAGCCAUUAUAGGUCAAGAUAUAACAGGCAAUAUAGAUAUUGAGAAUGGCACACUUUUAUACUGCUGAGUCAAUCAAAAGCGGACUCAGACUUUUCUUUCGUCACACUCUUGAUAUGAAGAAAUGGAGGUAUAAAACUGUUCUUUAAAAUUAAUAACAAGUAAUUAUUCCACAAAAGGAUAAGAUGCAUUUUGAUAAAGACCUGUGAGGGGUUGAAAGGUGUUAGUGGGAUUCUUUUACAGUUAUGCGAUUUUAAAAUAUUUUUUGUUUCAUGCUUGCUGUUCAAUUUUAUCCUUUUUGUGGAAUAAAUACUUCAUACCUUCAUUUCUUCAUAUCAAAAGUGUGAUUGGAUUCUAGCCGAAGCAUAACUCUCACUCCGCAGUAUGUGAGUGUGCCAUUCUCAAUAUUUAUAUUGCCGGUUAUACCCGACAUACUUUUUUUUUUUUUUUUUGUUUUUUUUUUUGACACCUUUAGUGUGUGCCAUUUGUUGCACUUCUUCACUGCUGUACUUCAUUUGUAUUAUAGCCACUAGAGGUUUCUCUGAAACUGCUAUGUUUGCAUAUGGGUUGAUCCAGCCUCUAGUGGCUGUCUCAUUGAAAGCCGCUAGAGGCACUUCCGCGCUUCUCACUGUGAUUUUUCCCAGGGAGAAGACGUCAGCGUCCAUAGGAAAGCAUUGAGAAAUGCUUUCCUAUGGACUGUCUGAAUUGCCGCGCAUGCGCAUUCAGCCGAUGGCGUUGGAAGGAGGAGAGUCGCCAGCGCCGAGGGAGCCCGGCGCUGGAAAAAGAUAAGAUUUUAACCCCUUCCUCCCUCUAGAGCCCGGCAGGAGGGGGGCCAUGAGACUGAGGGGUACCUAUUAACACUAAAGUGGUCCUUUAAUGUACCCCCCUUUUUACAGACCGAAUAAUCAGGGCUGUGGAGUUUGUACACAAAACUUUCGACUCCUUAAUUCUUCGUGCACAUAUGUGCCAUCUAUUGACAAAUAAGUAAGCUACACACUCUGUUUUGUUUUAACUCUGGCCAUCUUAUUAAUUGUACAGAAAACCUGUCAUUAAACAGGAAUAUAGUAAGUAAAAAAAUAAAUAAAAAUUAAAUUUUAUAUGAAACAGUUGUUGACUUAUGCUGCCUAGCCUAGGCCUAUAUCGUAAGCGUACAAGUCCCCAGAUCUCGGGCACAAAAGUAACCCAUUAUUUUGGGGCUUGACGAAUAUAAACCUAGACAUAACCUCUAAUUUUGAGGGGUGGGGGUCGACUUUUAUAUGCAGGCACAUGUGAUACGUUUAAUCAAGUGGGUACACUUUAUUUAAAUAUGUAUGUAUGUGUAGAAAGGCCAUUAGGCCUGAAUUUGUGGGAGGAAUUCCCAGCCCCUACUCACCUCUGACGUUCAAGUGUUCCUGAUCAACUUCCGGUCCGGGCGUCCUGUCUGUCAGCUGCAGUCUCCGCCAGAAUCCUCCGUCCUAUCUGCGGUCCAGCUUCCUGGCUGCUAAACCGUGAGUCAUACUUACGGUACAUUCCGGUCCCCUCCACGCCGCUCUGUGGUCUUAUCGGGGUGGUGAAACGCACAUGGCGGUAAUCUUUACCGGGGACCACCUACGGUCCCCACACUACGGCAUAUAGGCGGUCAGAUUUGUACAUCUUUCUGGGGGGUCCUACAAAAAAUACAUCCAAAAAAUACUUGAAGGUUCAAGUUCCCGGGUAUAACCACUAUCAAGGUUAGUAUCCACCCAUUACAUAAUUUGCCAAUUUAUCCCAUAGAUGAUACAUGAACUGGCUCACAGGGUCUGGGCUCCAGACCUAGCUCACAGAGGCAUUUACAGGCCCCGCAAAGCCAUCUCCCACCUCAACACUGAGGUACGGCCCCACGUCCAAAUCAUAGUUAAACGCCUCAUUCGCUCUUCUACAGGGCCGUAGUCAGGGCCUCACUUUCCACGGCCACACGUUUUGAAUCUUUUAAGUGUCAUAGAGAGGCCAACAUCCUGCCACCACAUCUGUGGUAACGUACUUACCUCGGCCAAAUCAUAGAUGGAACCUCUCACCAUCACUUGGCACUAGUAGGGCCUCAUCUGUCGCUAGUCAAAGUUGUUUUUCGCUUCGGCAAUAACCUUACAGUCCAGUUCACCUGAGGAAUCCCCCUGCUGACGAGUUGCCUACCGAUGAGAUACCAUUCACCCCUAUCAGACCCGAGUCUCCAGGCGUAUCUCUCGCCCCUUCUACCCCAUGGUCUAUGAGAGCAUGGACUAUUCCAAAAAUUACGACCGAACUUAGGCUUAGGGGCAUCCCCUUUCCUGCUACGGCUCGUAAGGCGGAACAUUACAGACUUUUGACCAACCAGGCCCCUGAGCCUAGGCCAGGAACUAGCUCUCAAGGUCAACCAACUGGCACUGGCACAGCCACCCAGGACACCCUUGCGGCAAUCCUGGCCAACCUGCAGACCUUGAAGAGCAGGUUAAGCAAGGUGGAGAGUGCCAUCGCUUCCCCAGGUAACCUUCCUGACCUCUCAGCCUUCACCCCGGCAGUACCUAUGGCACCAACACCCGCCCCUAUACUUCCCCCUUCAGCCUCAGAUAUGUCUCCUUUUGUGUCACCAGCUCACUCCUUCCCAGACUCCAUUAGUAAAGAAAUCCUGGAUGGGAAGGACCUGUGUCUGGUGUCAUUGCUUAUAGCCUCUCAAGACGUGCUGGAGAACAGGGCUUAUAACUUUGGGGAUAUUUUGGUGGUUCUUAAAACCAGAGACUCUAGACUCAAGAAAAAAUUAUCUAUUCCCAAUUUCGUUUUGGCUUUCGGGAUAUACCGUGAUGUCAUUUGCCACGGUAUAUCCCCGCAGGAGAGAGGAACUGGACCUCUAUCUCCAUAAAGUGGUGGAUUUGGGCUCCUCUUUUUAUGACCAUCAUAAAUCGAUAUCGGCGAAAGCGGCGACAUAUCUGAAACAAUUUUAACAUAAGAAUUAACUGGUGUCAGAUGGAUACAGCAUUAUUCUGUCGCCACUUGUGCCAUAUGUAAUUCUUCAACUCACUUGACUGAUUUGUGCCUUUCUGUGGCUGAUCCAUCCACCCCCACUCCCACCCCUCAAUCCACUUCCACUCUUCACAAUAAACAUGAGGGUGGUCAGCGGGAUAAACUGGGUAGGCCCAUCUCCUUUCUAGGGAAAGCUCAGGUGUGCAAUUUCAAUGCAGGCUCCUGCAGCUUCAGCGCCUGUAGAUUGUUGCACAUCUGCUCUAUCUGUUUCAGGGCCCACACUAAGAUUGUGCCCGGCCAGGUUGUCCCCUAGCAAGUGAUUAACCGACAUUAAUAUCGACAACCUGGUUUUUUACUUGAAAACUCAUCCAAGUAGAGAUCUAGUGGAAUAUUUGUUAACAGGGUUCACCCAGGGCUUUCUCACGGGUCUCGUAGCCAUCCCCUCACGCACACUGGAAUGCCCCAACAGACGCUCUCCUUUCCACAGAAAUAGCACAAGGUUUCAUGAUCGCCCCUUCACCUCCUCGCCGUUUUCCUCCUGGCGCACUAAUCCCAUUGGCAUAGCUUUGCACAAAUACUCGAAUAAAAAGCGCAUGAUUAUUGAUUUAUCGGCACCGCACUCUUCUUUUGUUCCCAGCAUUAACGCACUCAUUCCCGCAGAUGAAUUCUCACUACAGUACGGAAAAAUUGACGACGCUAUACAAACCAUCAUUUCAACUGGUAGCAAUGCUUGGCUUAGCAAAACAGACACACCUAACCAAUGCAUUCAAAUUACUGCCCAUGCACCCAUUACUUUGGCACUUGCACGGUGUUAAAUGGCGAAACCGGUACUAUUUUUCCACGCGACUCACUUUCGGGUCCAGAAGCAGCCCUAAACUGCUUAAUAUUUUCGCAGAAACUCUAUGCUGGCUGCUUCUGAGCAUUCUCAGGUGUCACGCCGUCAUUCAUUAUUUGGAUGACUUCCUCAUCCACUAGGGUUCAUAGCCACACCUCCCUGCAUGCGACUUUCACAGCCUUCCAUAAACACUUCCUGUAAAGAGAGCCCUAUUUAGGCUUUCUUUUUGCAAGUUCUGUUUAAUUAAGAUUUUCUUAUUCCCUGCUAUGUUAAUAGCUUGCUAGACCCUGCAAGAGCCUCCUGUAUGUGAUUUUAAAGUUCAAUUUAGAGAUUGAGAUACAUCUGUUUGAAAGUGAAACCUUUUUUUUUUUUUUUCAAUGCAGGCUUUGUCAAUCAUAGCCAGGGGAGGUGUGGCUAAGGCUUCAUAAACAGAAACAAAGGGAUUUAACUCCUAAAUGGCAGUGAAAUUGCAAGGGAAUGGUCUAUACACUAAAACUGCCUUAUUUAGCUAAAGUAAUUUAGGGGACUAUAGUGUUCCUUUAAGGGCCGAUACCAAUAACCUGUGAACUUUCAGGCCGAUGGCUUACCAAUAUUCUGUACGUUUAUCGUAUUUUUUUAUUUUUUGCAAGUCUUUUUUUUAUUUUUUUUAAUUAAGUGGUAAAUGCACAAAAUAUACAUGCCAGAUUGAUUUUUUUUUUUUUUUUAACGAAUAUACUUUUGUGUAUCUGUGUGUAGUUGAUGCAGUGAGAGUGCCACUCCCAUUCCCCUUAAUGUUCCUCUCCCUUCCUUUUUUUUGUGUUCCCCCCCCCAGUGUUCCUUUUCCCUUCCCUCCUGUACCUUAGUGUCCUCCUUAAUGUACCUAUCUCCCUAGUGUUUUCCCUUCCUGUCCAUGGUGUUCUUCCCCUUCCCUUCCCAUGGUGUUCUUCCUGUCCAUAGUGUUCUUCCCUUCCUGUCCCAUAGUGUUCUUUCCCCUUCCCCAUAGUGUUCUUUUCCCCCUUCCCUGUCCCAUAGUGUUCUUUUACCACACCUCCCCUUACAUAGUGUUCCUUUACCACCCCCUCCUCCCCCAUAGUGUUCCUUUACCACCCCCUUCUCCCCCAUAGUGUUCCUUUACCACCACCCACCCCUCCCCAUGGUGUUCCUUUACCACCACCCACCCCUCCCCCAUAGUGUUCCUUUACCACCACCCACCCCUCCCCCAUAGUGUUCCUUUACCACCACCCACCCCUCCCCCAUAGUGAUCCUUACCACCUCCGUCCAGUCACUCCGUUCUAGUGCCCCCCUGUGCCGGCCCAUCCAUUCAUUAUUGGUAUUGCCGGUGAUUAUCGAUGGAUUCUUACCCAAAAAAUCUGAAUAUCGGCUGAUAUCGACAAAACCAAUAAUCGGUCGAUCCUUAAUCUUGUUAAAUGACUGGCUAUUUUAUUGGUCACUGUUUCAGUUUAUUUAGAAGCAGUUGUUAUGGAGUCUGCAAAGACUGGUCCCUAUUCACACAGUUUUCAUUUGUCUCACAGUAUCUUUGUUGCAUUAAUGUAGUUAUUUUAAAUAUAUAUGCAAAUGCUUUUAUAGCAUGUCUUUAUUUUGGGAGCAAAAGUGCUAAAAUGUAUUUUUUAUUUUUUAAAACUGACAAUUAAUAUAAGAUCUAUUAAUCAUCCGCUCAUUAUGAGCGGGCCUCUGAAAGAAAAGAAAAAAAAGAGGGGGGUGGGGGUAGCCUUUAUUUUUUUCCAAAAUUAUAUCCAUAAACAUUAAAUACCAAAAUCUUGAAAAGGAAGGAAGAUAUAUUAUCCUGGUGUGCAAAAUAAAUAAACUUUUUACAUUAGCUAAUAAUAUAUAUGUACCUAAUAAGUCUACUAUAAAAUUUUAUAAUAAAGAUUAUGAAGAAAAUUGAUCAAAUCAAACAGGGGGUGCUAUUAAAAAUCAUGGGUGAUUGUGGCGAUGCUAUACCUUGUUAAAAAGAUUGUAAUACAGGAUAUAACAUGGUGUGACCAAAACCAAAUUACUGGAUUGCAAAGACGCUUUUGACAAGUUUCGUAAAGAUUGGCAAUUAAAUGAUAAUAUAUUGUAUAAAAACCAUCAUUGAACAGAUAAAAAUAACUGAACUAUUUUACUUGGAAAACAAAAAUAAGGGGGCAUCAGAUAUUGUAGUAUGGUUUGCUUACAAAAGCGUAAUUAGAGGCCACACGAUGGUGAUGGCAGCCAGAAUGGAAAAGAAAGAAGGCCUCCCACUUUCAGAGCUUACAUAGCGCUAAAUGAAUAUAAAAAACAUAAUAAAGUAACCCCUUCUACAGAAAUAGCAAAGAAAAUAUCAGAAAUAGAACAGAACAUACAUUUGCAAGUACCCAAUAAAAUAGCAAAAACUUUAGAGUUUUUUUUCCAAUUUAAAUGGUACCAAAAAGGCAACAAGCCAGAAGCGCGUAUGAUUAGUAAGCUGAAAAUGUUAAAACAAAAAAACUCGAUAAUCUAGAAUUAAGGAUAAAGAUACAUACAGUAUGGCCCCAGAACAAAUGGGCGAAGCAUUCGAUAAAUUCUAUAGAGAUCUAGAUAACCUACUAAAGGAUUUAUUUGGUAAUGAUGAAGAAAUUAAAAAAUUCUUUGAAAAUAUAAAGAUGGCCAAAAUUCUGCCUGACCAAUUAGAAACAAUAAACCAACCUACCGGUAUAUCAGAAACAGAAGCUAUUAAAGCAAUAGAUAAGCUUAAAGAAAGAACUGCCCCGGGCCCAAAGGGCUUUACGAAUAAAUUUUAUAAAAUUAUGAAAGAGCAAUUAAAGGAAUAACUCACAAAUGUUUUUAAUUGCAUGAAUAAAUUCAGGAAGAUGCCCUGGAGAGUUAUUGAGAGCAAAUAUCGUCUCAAUUCCAAAACCAGAUAAAGAUACAGAACUGAUAAGCAAUUUUAGACCGAUUUCAUUGAUAAACACAGACAUCUAACUAUUCUCGUCAAUUCUUGCAGAACGACUGAAAUCUGUCAUACCAGAUCUCAUUAACAACGAUCAGGUCGGUUUUAUUCCAGGUCAGUCAUCAGUUAACAGUAUUCGGAAAGUAAUAGACAUAUAUAUUGGAGGCAACAGAGACCAAAAGGAUCCCACUCAUGCUCAUCUCAAUAGAUGCAAAGAAGGCGUUUGAUAGGGUAGGGUGGGCCUUUGUCAGCCACAUUAAAACAACUUGGAUUUACAGGUCCAAUUCUAAAAGUGUUAUCUGCUCUCUGUGACUCUCCACAGGCCAGGCAAGUCAUAGGAUCCGGAUUUACCUCUCAAAUGUUAACAUUUAUAAAGGGACAAGACAGGGAUGCCACCUCUCACCACUGUUAUACAUAUUAGUAUUAGAACCUUUAGCCAUUGCUAUAAGACAAAAUAAAAAAAUUACAGGCUAUAGAUACCCAUUGGGGCACGUAAACUAAAUAUCUAUGCGGAUAAUAUACUACUGAUCCUUGAAGAGCCUCUAUUCUGGAAGUGUUGAAAGAUCUAAAUAGGUACUCUAGAGUAUCGGGUAAUAAAAUACAUUUAGACAAAUCAGUAGUUAUAGCCAAGAACAUGAGUAAGAGAUCAGUUAAUCUCCUUUCCAAAAAUUUUGGACUUCCAAAGAACAAAAAUUGUUUGAAAUAUUUGGGUAUAACCAUUACAUCAGAAGUAAGAGAUAAUAGAAGCUAAUUUUUUACCCUUAUUAAAACAAACCAAUAAAAACUUACGGGAUUGGAGGGAGUAGGGAUUCUCGUGGUCAGGCAGAAUCAAUGUACUGACUUAUAUCUUACCAAAAUAGCGCUAUUUAUGGAGAAUGAUCCCUCUUAACUGGUUACUAAUAUUACAUGCCUCUUUUUUUUCUUCAAUUGUCUGGUAUGGAAAAAAACAAGAGUUAAAAUGACAAAUUUAUCUAGGAUGACAAGAUGGAGGUUUGAGUUGCCCAGAAAUCCAAUGUUAUCAGUCCAGUAGACUGUUACAUAUAAUGUUAUCACAUAAUAUAUCUGCAGAAAAGGAGAAAUGGCAUUCAAUAGAGAGACAGCAGAGGGGUAGAGAAUUUAUCCUCUCUAUUCUGUUUUUUUUGAUCUCAAUAAAAACUUUAUAGCUGAGGCAAGAUCCAAAUCACACAUAAUUAGAGAUCUAGCAGGUUGGUGGGAUAUAUUUGGGGGGAAAAAAGUCAGUCUAAAGAAUAGAAUAAUAGAUGCACUACCAAUCUCCCUGAUUAAUGAUAUGCUAGAUAAUAUUUAGAUCAACUCUUGGAAGAGCAAUAAAAUUAUAGAUAUAACAGAGAAUUAUAAAAUCAAGCCCUUUCAACAAAUAAGUGAGUAAUUCUGUAUCCCACCGAAUGAUAUCUUUAAGUACCUUUGAAUUUUAAAGGGUUUGUCUCAGCGUUUAUGAUUAAGAAUAGAAUGCAAAAUAGAUGGGAUUAUUCAACUUGUCGAACUAAAAUUUUUUUAAAAAUAUACUGUCUAAAUCUGUUAGUCUUAUAUAAGAUAAGACAUGAUAAACGUUCCAGAGCAUUUGAAAAGUGGGAAAAAAAUCUUUAUAUACAUAUAGAUGACAAAGUUUGGAAAAGUUUUUAAUAAAUUUAUAUAAACACUUCCACUGCUUAAAUUUGACAGUUUAAACUUCAGAAUAGAUGGUACUUGACACAGAAUCUUCUAAAUAAAAUAUAUCCAAAUACAUCCAAUAGAUGUUGGCGGUGCAACAUUGAUAAGGGCACCUUAUUACACAUAUGGUGGUACUGCCAACCGAUAUAUACUUAUUGGAAAGAUAUAAUUACAUUAAUUGAUUAUAUGACAGGAAAUAAAUUAACAAUGGAUCCGGGAAUAAUUUUAUUAAAUUCAAUUGAGUCAAAAAUGAAGAUAAAGGAUUCAGUGUUAAUUUUAUACAACAUUACAGAAGCCAAAUUACUGAUAGCACGGAAUUAGAAAAAUGUACAAAUCACAUUAACUGGAGAAGUGAUAGCACCAGUUAUAUGGCAAGCAAAAAUGGAAAGGGGCAUUUUAGUGAGCUUAGAAAACCGCUACAUGCAAAUAGAAUAUUGGGAUUCUUGGAUAGAUAAAUUUGAAUUUUUUUUUAAAUAAAAUUAUCAUAGAGGGUCUCUCAUCCAGGUAAAUGGAAUGAAACAAUGAGGGGGACAGAGAGAUGAAUAGUAUGUUAUGUAAUGAGGUGGCAAUGGGUUUUCCCAUACACCCGCCUUCCAUGUCCAACAAAAACAAACAUUUGAAUAAAGAGGGAAUGGAUGGGUCAAACAGGCAUAUUAAAUUUUUUUUUAUUUUUUAUUUAUUUUUUAUUUUUUUAAAUGAUGACGAUAGUAGUUCAAUCAAAGAGAUGAGAGGGGCUCUUUCUCCAAAAAUAAUUUGGAAAAGUAAGAUAAGAAAGUGAGAUUAAAAGGGUUAUUAUGGGGUAGGGGUCAGAAGGGAAGAAACAGAGGAACAUACAAUUUUAGGUUAAACCCAUGAAGUUUUACUAUAGUUAAGAAAAGCAGUAUUGUAUCAAUGAUGAUAAAGAGACCUCAAAGCUGCUUAUUUUAUGUAAUAGUUUUAAUAACUAUACAUUGGUAAGGUAUCUGUCUGGAAUACAAAAAAAAAUUUAGCCAUCUACAUAAAGAUCCUAGUUCUGUUUUAGUAUGUUUUAAUAGAUAAAUUACAAAUCUUAUUUGCCACAAGAUUUUGCUCUAAUUAUUAAAGGGUUACUCCAAACAUCAUGAUCACUACAAUGCAUUGCAGUUUUCAUAGUGCUUGGAGUCUGUAUGUGCAGCGUUUCAAUUUAACCUCUUUGCUGCUAGAGACUGCAUUCAGUCAGCCUGGAACAAGAGUUCUGGGCUAGCUAAAGCCAAUUCUGUGCACGGAGGAGGAUUUCAUUGGCUGAGACCAAUAUACUGACCAAGUAAGGUUUUCCACAUUACCUGGGGAUGGCACCAGGUAUGCUGCAGCUUUAACCCUUUAAAGACUUUCAGACUUAGAUUUUCUUAUGUUUUAAUGCUAUGUAUUGUAUAAUUUGUGGUAAUUGUGUUACAGCUUCUUUUUUUUUUUUUCUUCUUCUUAAAGCUAUUUGAACGUCAUGUCCUAAAGAAUGACAAAGAUUUAUGUGAGCUGAACUGUGUAAGAGAAGGGAAAUAAAGAGUGUUUCACAUAGUAGCUACUGCAACCAUCAAAAAGGAAGUAUUUUAGAAUUGUGGCAGUGGGACAAAGAAUGCAUUAAGUUGCAGAAUACUGUCAUAGAUUUGUAUUUUUAUUUUCUUCAAAAAUUAUAUCUGUUUUAAGAGCUCAAAUACUUUAACUUUUUAGGCCCAAACCUAUAAAAUGCAAGUAAUGUUUCUGCCUGGAGUGUCGCUUUAACAAGUAGAACUUUAUUUAGUCCUUAAAAUCCUGCCCACGAGGGUCUUUAAGAACUCAUUUGUUUUGGUGGCAUAGAACAUACAGAGGCAGUAGUUCACAAUCUAGUGCCUAUGGGCCAGAAACAGUCCAGGUUUUGUCAGCAUCUCCAAUUUGAAUAGAAAAGAGAAAUAUAUAAAUUCUAGACUGUUGCUUACUCGUGUGGGAACACCUGCUUUAAGGAGUAAAAAAAAAAAGAUAUUUGCCCCCUAAGUGUAGGGUCUCUCCUUCAGCUCAUUAGCAGUGCUUCCCACAUAAGAGUGAAUUGGAGUUACGUGCAAUACAUGUGUUCUGUUGGCCAAAAACUAUUAUCUGAAUUUCAACUCACAAUUUGAAUCACUGACCGUAACAU